AUGUCUCUAAAGGAAUUUCCUAUCAUUCAAAAACUAGGUGAAGGAGCAUAUAGUAGUGUAUAUAAAGUAAAGAGGAUUAGCGAUGAUAAUGAGUAUGCGCUUAAAAAAGUUAAGCUCAUGAACCUUUCUGACAAAGAAAAAUAAAAUGCUUUGAACGAAGUAAGAAUUUUAGCUUCUAUUAGAUAGCCAAACAUAAUUGGAUAUAAGGAAGCUUUUGUCGAUGAAAUGUCAAACUCAUUAUGUAUUGUAAUGGAGUAUGCAGAUAAUGGAGAUCUCUAUUAAAAAAUAGUAGAAUUUCAAAAAAAAGGAUAACUUUUUCCAGAACAAGAGAUAUGGCAUAUUUUUAUUUAAAUUGUCAAAGGCCUGAAAGCACUUCAUAGCUUAUAAAUAUUUCACAGAGAUCUCAAGAGCGCAAAUGUGUUUCUAACUAAAGAAGGUAUUGUUAAGUUAGGAGAUAUGAACGUUUCAAAAGUUGCUAAAUAAGGAUUAUUAUAUACUUAAACGGGUACCCCUUACUACGCCAGUCCAGAAGUGUGGAAAGAUUAAGCAUACGACAGUAAAUCUGACAUUUGGUCAUUAGGAUGUGUUUUAUAUGAAAUGACUACUCUUAAACCACCUUUUAGGGCUGAAGAUAUGGAAGGUCUUUAUAAAAAAGUUAUUAGAGGAUACUAUCCUAGAAUCCCGCCUCAUUUCUCUUAAGAUCUAGCUAAUAUUAUUAGAUCCCUUUUAUAAGUAUCCCCUCAAUUAAGACCCUCAUGUGAUAAAAUUCUUUAAAUGCCAGCUGUAAUUAAAAGAAUGAAUGAUUCUUUAUUAACUGAAGUUGACGAAGCAAUUUAAAAUAACUUGUUGAAUACCAUAAAAAUUCCUAAAAAUUUGCAUUAUCUUACUGAUAGAUUACCUAAACCAAAUUAUGAACCUUUAAAAACUAAGAGAAUAGAUAAAAGAAGAUUUUUGCAAACUUUAGCAGGGUAUACCGAUAUACCUGAUCGUGAAUCUCCUUCUCCGUCUCCAGAAUAAAUGAAGUAAUUGGUACUUCCUAAGAUUCCUUAGCAAAGAAAGAAUCAUCAUUCUAACAAAAGUAAUGAGAACGUGCCACCUAAUAAUAAUCCAAGUUCUAUUAUUAAUAAUGUGCCAAGCACAACUAGCAACAGAGAAGAAAUCGAUGAAAGAGGAAGUGAAAUAAAUUAAAAUGCAUAUGAUGAUUAGUCCUCAUAAGUUUCUUUAGCUCAUAAGGUUCAUCCCAGAAGCUUAUCUAAAAAGCAUAUUAACAAGUAUGAAAUCCAAUCAAAGUAUGAUAAAUAUGGUCUGGCUUCUCCAAAUUACUAUCCUGAAUCUGUUAAGAGUGAUAUACAUUCAACAAAGCACUCAAAACCAAUAGACAUACUAUAGCUUAAAUAACAAUAUGAAUUAAAUAACGACAAAUCUCUUCAACCAACUUACAUUCCAAUCAAAAAGAAAAAAGAGCUUUCUCCAUUGAAAAAGAAAAAGAAUUAAGGAAUAAAUCUAUUAGAUAUUGAAGGAGAGUCCAAGCCACUGCUUUCCAAACAGAGAAAAAAUAAUUCUAUUGACUAAUCUAUCAUUUAUGAAGACCAAAAUAAUAAUGGUAACAGACUUCCAAACAUAAAUGGCUCAAAACUACCUAGAAUAGGAAAUUCGAAUAGCGGAAGCACUAAUAAUAUGAUAGGUGGCGGUGUACUAGGCCUGGGCAUAGUAGGAAAUGCUGCAAGAAGCCUAGACAAAGAAAAUGCAAAAAUUAAAGAAAUUACUAAAGCCUACAAAGUAAAUUUAGAUCCUAUUAAUGACUUAAAAGAUAGGUACAGAUAAUUAAAAAAGAAUGAUAGAACCAAAAUUCUUUCUAUCAAGAAUGCUAGCAUGCCUUAAAGCAAUAGUAUGGCUUCUUAAGAUAAAUAUUAGUAUAUUUAUGCUCAGGAAGAUGUCUUAAAUUCUUGA